UGCUCGAAAGCGAUCUAAUAGCUCGGAAUAAAAGGUAAGCUUCUCUGCGCCGUUGCAGUUAACACUCGGAACUAGUGCUUUAAUAUCUGCAAUCAUCUGGUUUUACACCAAAUCUACCUUUAGUUAGCUUAUUCAUACUGUUUCAAUAUAUACUUAGUGACUUCGACUCAAUGAGAUUUAUCAGUACAAGGCAACGAGAGACGAAAUAAGUGCUUAUUUGUCAGAAGCCCGGAAUCGCUUCUGUCGUUUGACCGAGCUAACGUGAGCUAACAUUAGCAGCACAGAGCCGGGGCCCAGGUCAUCGACUUCUUCAGAUUACAGCAAAUUUUAGGAUAUCUGUUUUAGCUUUUUAGGCGUAGUUUAUCGUGAUGGCUUGUGGGGCUACUCUGAAAAGGACCCUGGACUUUGAUCCGCUAAUGAAUCCAGCUUCGCCUAAAAGAAGGAGGUGCGCCCCGAUCAUGUCUCCAGUAUCUUCACCACAAAAAUAUUUGCGUAUGGAGCCGUCACCGUUCGGGGAAGUGUCGUCCAGACUUACCACAGAGCAAAUUCUACACAACAUCAAGCAGGAAUACAAGCGGCUGCAGAAACGACGACACCUGGACAGUGCUUUCCAGCAGGCCGACGGCUGCUGUCCUCUAGACCUGCAGAAUUUUCACAGUGGAUCUGCUCUGCCUGGUACAUCCUCAGGUGCCUCAUCUCCCACCAGGAAAGAGCAGCCUUUAUUCUCCCUCAGGCAGGUUGGGAUGAUUUGUGAAAGACUACUCAAAGAACGAGAGGACAAAAUCCGUGAAGAGUAUGAUGAGAUACUGACGACAAAGCUUGCAGAGCAAUAUGAUGCGUUCGUCAAGUUCACACACGAUCAGCUGAUGCGAAGGUUCGGAGAGCAGCCUGCCAGCUAUGUUUCCUGAGUGUCGGCAUCUGAUACCCGGGAAUAACAUUUACGGCAAACUACUCCAGGGACUCAGUGGGUCUGUUUGGACUUUUUUUCCUAGCUGUGCCAUAUCACCUCUAUGUGGACUCACUGCCUCAGGCAUCAGUCGGUGGCAUCCACGUUUGCUGUGUCUGCCAGAGUUAGGAGGGCUUCCUGCUGCCAACCUGUUUCAAGACCCUCUGUGACUCUACCAGUGGCCUCUUAACUGUCAAUAUUUAUUUGGCUUUGUUCUGAUGCCUUCGUCAAAAAAAAAUUAACAGAAAUUAAAAAGCCUGACUGCCAGCACGCACUCAGCCUUUUGAUUUUAUUUUUGUCAAAAUUAGUUUUUUCACAGACGGGAUGUUUAGUUGUACAUUUUGUAAAAGGGAUCGAACGUUGACGAGUGGACAAAUCCAAGCCACCUCCAGUGUGGACUCCAGGAGCACUCGUCUUGGCUUUUUUCAGCAUUGUUUUAAACUGUACUGGCAAAUACUGCUAUUACAUUUGUAUACACUGUAUUUUUUUAUUUUCUUGCUUGACUUUUAUUCAUUGUAUUAAAAUUUCAUGAUUUUUAUUUGCUGUAGGUAUAAAAAAGGGGGCUUUGAUUCAAAAAAAAAAAGAAAAAAAAAAGUGAAUGAAUAAAGUGUUUACAGAAAUGUC